UCGAUGCAACAGGAAGACUUGUACGAGGAGAGAGGAGAGCAGAAGCAUGGAAGCGAUACAGUUUGCUUUAGGAAUGUUUUUACUCGCAGUAGUCACACUUCAAAGAGCUGCCGCAGUAAAGUGUUUCGUGUGCGACAACGGCGACGCCGUGAGCCCCAACUUCAGCUGCCCGGCAGAGGGGAAGGUCAGCUUCCAGGCGACCAAGCUACAGGAAUGUGACGGGAAGUGCUACAUCAGAACGAGGCACGGACAUGGAAAGGGAGGAGCUGUGGUCCAGAGAGGCUGCCUGCCGACGUCGUGGUUACGGACGUUCAUUCAGGAUGGCUGCGACGUCAUGAACAGCGACAUCUGGUGUUUCUGUGACACUGAAGGCUGCAAUGGGAAACGGCUGGGAGAAUGGUUUCCUAUGAAGUGAAUUACAUUCCAACCUUUCAUCAAGGAACAUAAAAGUUGAUAGUUGUUCAAGAACAAGAACAACUGAUGAGAAGCGUGUGUGACACGAACUUAAUCUUAGUAUGUGAACCACAUUCAACUGUCUCUAAGCUUGUGGUUUGCGAUCAUCAAAUUAUGUACAAUAAACACAAAUAUAAUGAAGAAUUGUCUGUUACUUCUUUUAGAUUCAUUGGGGUAUGAAUAACAAAACAAAAGUUUGUUUCGUUUAACGACACCACUAGAACAAAUUCGCAUUGCUAUGACUGGACCAAUGGAAUUCCUUUAAACGGUAAUGAUUAUAACAGAAAUUUAAUUUAAUUUUAAAAAUUUGUUUACUUAAUGAUACUAACUGAAACAUUUAUUUUCUGCAGUUCUUUGUUUUGAUAAAAUUUACUAGUUUAUUAAAAAAAUUAACCGCUUUCAAAACAUUCUAGUGAGGACCAUGAACAUUAUAUGUGGCAAUAUUUUGGUAUCAAAUUUAUUAUAAACUAAAAUAGUUUACUUCAUGACCACUGCAAGACCAGUGUUUAUAAAACUUUUAGAAUCUAGA